CUUAAAAAAUAUGGGUGAAGGCUGGAAGAAACUCAAAAGAGCAUUCAAAAAAAUAUUCAAGAGAUGUCAACACAAGAAGACUACGAAUAAAUCUACUGCCAAAUUUAUAGAGAUUACAAGUGCUUCCGGUGAAGAAAUUAAGACAGAAAGAACAUGGAAUGGGUUUAGAAAGGUGUCUAAGACCACUAUGCAGGAGUUUGUGACUGAAAAGAACAGAGUUACCGUCAGAGAAACUUUUUCAUAUGCCCAACCUCAACGUCUCAUAGGCAAUGAAGUUAGGCUAAGCUCAAGCACUCGUGUAUCCCAAAUUAAUGCUAAAACCGGCCAACAUGAGACUAAACCACAAAAGCGAGAGUAUCCAUUUGAGAAGUUGACUAGAGAAAUGGAAGAAGUCAAGGAAGAAAUUGCCCAAAAUAAAAUAGAGAAUGAAAGAAAUCUACAAGAGAAAGGGCAGCUGCAGUCCUCUCUUGAAGAGACUAGAGACAAGGUAGCGAGUCUGGAAAGGAGACUAGACAGGUUCUCCACAUUUGAGUCAACAAUGACGUCUAUUGCUGAAGAUCUGAAGAAAAGAAAUGAACUUGAAGAAAAAUAAACUUGAAGAAGCUGUUAGACAGCAAGAAAGAGAAGAGCUCAGAAAGGACAGAGAGAGACUCGAAGCAGAAAUCAAAGAGAAUAAUCGAGAGCAAGCUAGGAGACGUGAAAUGUUCGAGUUCUUCUUGAUGCUUCAAAAUAAUGUUUCUCAACAAAUAGAUAUGAAGAUCCAACAGAGAGAUGAGAGACAAGAGCAAAUGAUGGCUUAUUAUCAAGAGAUGAUGGAUGAAAGGGCUCAAGAGUACGCUCCCAAAAUAGUUCUGACAGAAUCCUCAGAGAAGUCGAUCCCAUUCCAAAAGUCUCAGCUUGGACCAAUGAGUCAUAAAAUAUCACCCAAGAAAUUUCUAGAAGUCCCAAAUCCAGUCCAGGUCAGAAAUGUAGAGGAGGAAAAUAAUGGAAACAAGGAAUCCAAGAGCCAAAUCGGAUGCGAUUUCAUUCCUGAAGCUUACCUAAGAUCCUUUGCUGUGAAACCUCAUGAGGGCCCACAGCACAUGGAGUGUCAGGAGCAACAAGAAUCCUCUGAAACUAUAGUAUCUAACUAUAUGAGGGUCAGAGAGUUUACGAAAUAGUCCCUUGAUUUCUAAACGAUU